AUGAGCAACAAGUAUCAGGGAGAGGCUUCCGGGGAAGCAGGCGAGGAGCACAAGGUGCCUCCUAGGAGUAGGCAGCCCAAUGGGACGUCCCCUGGGGAACCUCCUGUACGUCGGUCCUGGAGGCCAUGUCAGAUGGUCAACCAGGAUGGAGAACUGAAUCCCCAUCAUCAUCAUCAUCAUCAUCAUCAGCCUCCUCACCAACACCACCUACCCACAAAUCGCGGGCCCCCUCGGCAUCGCCGGCGGCCUCCACCAGGGCAGGGCCAAAGCCAGGCUCAGAGUCCAGGUCUGGUGCCAGUGGUCGCUGCUUCUAGGCCAGACGGGGAAGGGAGUCGAGACACUGAGCCUCGUCCUGUCCAGCAACCCCGCCCUGCUGUCACCCGUUACCGCCGUCAUGGCGACCCUAACCCAAGGCUCAGAGGUCACAGACAAAGGCAACCUAUCAGAGAGAUGCAUGACUCUUCAUCUGGUGUGGAUGAGCGGGAGGCUCCAGCAGAGGUGCAGGUACAACAGCGCACAUCAGAUACUCCUGUAACCGACCAAUUGCAGGACAGGAGAUCUCCUCAACAGAGUCCUGUUGCAGUUGUCACCCCCACCCAACUCUCACCUGGUCCUGCAACCCAUGAAAUGCAACAUCACCCCCCACACACUCCUCCUGCUAUGGCAGUAGAGGACCUCCAGGAGCAUAAAGUGGAGUGUGAGGAGGAAUUGGAGAAAUUGGAAGAAGUAAAGGACAAGUACGAAGAUCAAGAACAGGCAGAGGAUGAUGGAGACCACUGCUCAACCACAGGUUGCUCCAGCUGCAGCUAUAAUGAUUUGCAGACAGUCGAUGACGGAGCAAAGGAACAUACAGAGAGGGUGGAGGAGGUUCAGGAGGAAGUGAUAGAUGAUGUAGCGGAGGACAUUGCAGCUCAGGGAAGUGAAAUCACUGAUCUCUGCUCCGACACGGAGAGCGCUGCCUCACUCAGCAUGGACGGACCUCUCCACAGCCCGCCGCCACUCCAGUCACCAACUCCUCCUUCAUCCCCAGAUCUUCCACCAUUCCCCCAGCUGGACCACUUCAGUGAGGAAACCAGUAUGAGCCCUCUGCCUGACAAUGACCUUCUACCUGAAGAUGAGGAUGAGGAUGAGGAUUGCUCCGAAUCGUGCUCGCUGUCUCACUUCACUUCCUGCUCUGACUCUUAUCCUAAAACCUAUGCAGACUUUUAUACAGAGUCCCACCAAAAAUCGUACCCAGACCCUGUCUACGAGUCGUACUCGGAGCCAAAAUCCCACCCCGACUCUUUUCCUGAGCCGCUUAAGACCGCCUACGCCGAGUUACACAGAGAACCUCGCAGGCAGUCUGGUUGGAGGACUGAGUCUAAUGAGGUCCAUCAGGAGUCCUGCCAAGAGCCCUUUACUAGCCAUAGACAAGAGAAUGUACAAAAAGGGGCUCCAUCCUCCCCCACCAAGGGCUCCCAUUAUGCCCCAAGGCAGGGCAGAGACCGUGGCUCACAUCACUCCCCUCUUGACCGCUCUGUUGGCUGCCGACUGCACCACUACGACGGACAGUCUGAUGGUGAGGGGGAAAUCGCUAAUCAAAGUCCCAUUCCAAAAAGUCGCAGGCAGCUACCCAGACACACAGAAACCCAGGACAAGAGCCCUUCGUCUGGCCAGAGCAGCUCAGGAGAGGCCCAGGAGGAGCGGAAUGUGGAAGGACCCCAAGAGGAAGAUGGUACGAGGGGCUCAGGAGAUGCCAUCGUCAUGGCGAUUAAAGAUAUCAGGGAGGCAAUUGAGGAGGUCAAGAUUAAGACUGUGCGCUCCCCCUACACACCUGACAAACCUGUGGAGCCGAUUUGGGUGAUGAGGCAGGAGGUGAGCCCCACAGAGGAGGUAUACCCACUGCAGACCCCAGCUGGCCAUACCUCUCCUCACUCCCCCGCUCAGUCAGUGACUGAGUCUCCAUCCCGCUAUGCAUCAGUUCCAGUUCGGGAGCCAGUCAGUCCACCAAGAGCUGAUUCAGCCAGAACACAUCAUCCUCAGCAUUAUCACCAACAGCAGCCCCAACACAAUCAUCAUCAUCACCACCACCAGGGCCACCAUUCACAGCAGAGGGACACUGCGAGGCCGCUGCAGACAUACACACAUCCGCAACCCCUACCGCCUAAUCAGCAUCACCAACGUCAACAUCAGCAUCAACAACAGAACCAACAUCAGCAGCAACAACAGCAGCUUCUAGCUCAGCGGCCACGACCUCAAGUUCAGCCACAGUCUCCUCCACAGAUGCCGACUGUCCAGGAGCUUCGCAGAUCUCUUCCUCCGUUUCCAACAUUUGUGGACUUACCGGGACCAUGCGACCCUGAGGACCUUAUUGACGGCAUCAUCUUUGCAGCGACCUACCUGGGCUGCACCCACCUGCUGUCAGAAAGGACACCCACAAAGAGCGCCCGCAUGCAGCAGGCACAGGAGGCCAUGAACAGAGUCCGGGCUGCUCAGAAGCAGGCAAAGAACAGGAAAAAGAGCCCCGACGGGGAGGCUCCGGCCACUGCUGAGGUGGAUCUGUUUAUGUCCACGCAGAGGAUCAAAGUCCUCAAUGCAGACACUCAGGAGUCUUUAAUGGACCUUCCGCUAAGGACGAUCUCCUACAUAGCGGACAUCGGUAACAUGGUGGUGCUGAUGGCCCGAGGGAAGAUGGUGCGCUCCCGCAGCGCACAGGAAAACCUGGACAGCACAGCUGAGCAAACCACCAUGACCAACGAUGACAGACGGCUGUACAGGAUGAUCUGCCAUGUCUUCGAGUCAGAGGAUGCUCAGCUUAUAGCUCAGUCUAUUGGCCAGUCUUUCAGCGUCGCCUACCAGGAGUUCCUCAGGGCCAACGGCAUCGAUCCAGAAGAUCUGAGCCAGAGGGAGUACAGCGACCUGCUCAACACUCAGGACAUGUACAACGACGACCUCAUCCACUUCUCCAAGUCAGAGAACUGCAAAGAUGUUUACAUUGAGAAGCAGAAAGGAGAGAUCCUGGGUGUGGUGAUAGUAGAAUCAGGCUGGGGGUCCAUCCUCCCCACCGUCAUCAUCGCCAGCAUGAUGCAUGCUGGGCCGGCUGAGAAGUCGGGUCGACUCAACAUUGGAGACCAGAUCAUGACCAUCAAUGGGACGAGUCUGGUGGGUUUACCGCUCAGCACCUGCCAGAGCAUCAUCAAGGGUCUCAAGUCUCAGUCCAGGAUCAAGAUGAACAUCGUCAGAUGUCCUCCCGUCACCAUGGUGCUCAUCCGCAGGCCGGACCUCAGAUACCAGCUGGGCUUCAGCGUCCAGAAUGGCAUCAUCUGCAGCCUGAUGAGAGGAGGCAUCGCGGAGAGAGGAGGCGUCCGCGUCGGUCACCGCAUCAUCGAGAUCAACAGCCAGAGUGUGGUGGCGACGCCUCACGAGAAGAUCGUUCAGAUUCUGUCGAACGCCAUGGGAGAGAUCCACAUGAAGACGAUGCCUGCAGCCAUGUACCGUCUGCUGACAGCACAGGAGCAACCCGUCUACAUCUGA